AUGUGGAGGUUGCUGACCUUGCUUACACUGCCAGUGUGGAAGGCUGGUAAGACAAAUGCUCGGCGCCAACCUUGCAUGCUGAGCGCUGUUGUGUUGGUGGUACCAUGGCUGGCCUUCGCAAAGAUGCCUGCCGAGCGUAGCCCAGAGGCGGCCGAACGCAGGCAGUACGGAGACCUCCUUCGCUUGGUGAAGAAGCGUGCUUGGCCUCAAAAGAUCCCGGAACUUGCCACUGACAAAAUCGGAGUGGACGAGGCUGCAGAUGGUGAAGACAGGCGUUCGCUGGUCUCUCCGGGCUUUCGUCGGAUUCGGUUUCGGGCCGCAUAUGAUGGAAGUCAGUACAAUGGCUGGGCCAGGGUCAAAAACGCAUCGCCGCUGACAGUAGCAGGAAUGGUCGACCGUGCUGUCUCACUCCUUCUGCGGCGAAAGACCUUCAGCUGCGGAGCAAGCAGGACGGAUGCCGGUGUGCAUGCACAGGGGCAGGCAGCACACUUCGACGUCCCCGACUGGAUCGCGACCGAACGGCGAGAUGACUGGCAGGCAUCGUGGGAGCAGGCGGUAAACGAGCAGUUGCCGUCAGACAUACGGGUUUGGAACUUCCAGGAUGCCCCUCCCGACUUCCACGCCACCUUCUCUGCCAGCGGUAAAACAUACGUCUACCGCCUCCACUACGGAUACAAUGCAGCAGAUCCACUGGAAAGGUUCUACAGGUACCAGAUACCCCAUGGCUGGGCACGAACUUUCGACAGUGACCUCCUCCGGCAAGCUGCUUCAAAACUUGUCGGCGAGAAGGACUUCGCGUACUUUACGCAGGCAAAAAAGCUGGACAAGUACAGGAUGUCAGGCACCGUUAGAACCAUCCACGGCAUAAAUGUGGUUGAGGAUGGUCCUGGGCGGUGUCGGAUUGAGGUCAACUUGGACGGUGCCAUUUACAGAAUGGUUCGAAACAUCGUCGGGUGCAUCGUGAUGGCGGCGUGCGGCCGCCUGGCACUGGAGCGGAUCGACGAACUGCUUCAGGUUCCGCCUGACAAAGCAAAGCAGGAGACUUCUGUUCCGGUAAGCGCUUUUCCAUGUUUGCCUCCUCACGGCCUUUGCCUCGAGAAGGUGCAUUAUGACUCGCAGGACUUCUGA